CCGUGGGGCGCCCCCCCGCCCCCGAGGGCUGACGGCGGCGCGCCCCUUCUCUCGCAGGCCGCCGGCAGCCAUGAACCAGUUCAGCUUCGGGUCGGGCGCGGCGGGAGGCGGCUUCACCUUCGGCGUGCCGAAGACGGCCGCCGCCACCACGGCCGCGACGGGCUUCUCCUUCUCCACCUCCGCCGCCUCGGGAGGCUUCAGCUUCGGCACGGCGGCGCAGACGCCCGCCAGCAGCCAGCCGGCCGGGCUCUUCUCCCUCAGCACGCCGGCCAGCACCGCGCAGCCCGCCGGCUUCAGCUUCGGCACGCAGCCCGCCGCCACGGCGGCGCCGGCCGGGGCCGUGUUCUCGCUGGGGGGAAAUGCACCCAAAUUAAACUUGGGAGGCAGUAGCACAACUCAAGCUGCAGGUAUCACAGGAGGCUUUGGGUUCGGCGGCUCUGUACCGGCUAGUGCGCCCUCAAGUCAAGCAGCAGCCCCCUCUGGCUUUGUUUUUGGCUCUGCUGGUACCACCGCCACUACCACUCAGUCUGGGACAACUGGAGGGUUUACUUUUUCCAGUGGUAGUGCAACCCAGGCAGCAACACCCAGCUUCAGUAUCAGCACCGUAAGCAGUGCGGCCCCGCAAGCAGCGCCCGCGGGGUUGACCUUUGGAGCAGCGCCUGCUGCCGCUGCCACCACUGCUGCCACCCUAGGAGCAACAACACAGCCAGCAACUGCCUUCAGCCUUGGGGGACAGUGCUCAGGUCUAAACUUUGGAUCAUUGACUUCAACAGCAGCCACUAGUGCACCUACAGGAACGUUGACCACUAGUACAAGCCAGGCGCCCGCUCUCUCUUUUGGAGCCAAACUUGGAGUAACAUCCACAGCUUCUACAACUGCUACUAGCACCACACCUUCCCUUCUUGGUUCAACUGGGCCUACGCUGUUUGCAUCUAUAGCAAGUUCCUCAGCACCAACGUCUUCCACAUCCACAGGCCUCUCACUUGGUGCCACUUCCACUGCUACAGCCACUCUUGGAACUCUUGGAUUUGGAUUAAAAGUUCCUGGGACAACAGCUGCAGCAACAAGCACUGUGACUAGCUCUUCCUCUGCUCCUGGUGUUAGCUUUGCUUUGAAUAUUAAGCCAUUAACUACCACUGGUACCAUUGGAGCUGUGACUUCUACAGCUACUGUAACCACAGCAACAGCCAGCGCACCUCCAGUGAUGACUUAUGCCCAGCUUGAGAGCUUGAUAAACAAGUGGAGUCUAGAACUUGAAGAUCAGGAGAAACACUUCCUUCAUCAAGCUACGCAAGUUAAUGCCUGGGAUCGGACAUUGAUAGAAAAUGGAGAAAAGAUUACUUCAUUGCACAGAGAAGUAGAGAAGGUGAAACUUGAUCAGAAGAGACUGGAUCAGGAACUAGACUUUAUUCUGUCACAACAGAAAGAGCUGGAAGACUUGUUGACUCCUCUGGAGGAGUCUGUGAAGGAACAGAGCGGGACUAUCUACUUGCAGCAUGCAGAUGAAGAAAGGGAGAGAACAUAUAAACUGGCUGAAAACAUAGAUGCUCAGUUAAAGCGUAUGGCACAAGAUCUCAAGGACAUCAUUGAGCACUUGAAUACAUCAGGAGGCCCAGCAGACACUAGUGACCCGCUUCAGCAGAUCUGUAAAAUUUUGAAUGCACAUAUGGAUUCAUUGCAGUGGAUUGACCAGAACUCAGCCCUGUUGCAGAGAAAGGUAGAAGAGGUGACAAAGGUUUGUGAGAGCCGCCGCAAGGAGCAAGAGCGCAGUUUUAGAAUCACAUUUGAUUGAAAGACUUCAAUGGUGUUAGAAUAUUAAGCUAAAGUCUCAUCUACAUAGAAAACUGAGGUUGGUGGGGACCUGGAUUUAAAAUUGUGAUCUGGAUUUGUAUUUUUGUUUUUUAUUUCAAAAAGUUUGCUUUGUUUUUUUAUUCCAAAGCUAGUCUUUCCAGUGUCAUACUGGAAUUCAGUGAGUCCAGUCUGAGAGACUGCAUAAAAUUUGUGCUGAAAUUAUGUGCUUUUGUUCUCUAAUCUUUGUAAGUGCAUGCAAACUGAGUAGAUAUGAAAAUGCUGACUUUAAGGGACUUAAUACCUGUGACUUCACAGCUGAGCUCUUGAGCUCUGUUAUGCUUAAAUAACGUAGAUAUUUUUAAUCAAAUCCUCAUAAGCUUUUAUUCAGCUUCUUAUGAGAAGGCUUGAUGAACAGGUGUCCUUCCAAAGAACUGUAGAAGUUGGACAAAUGCAGAUGCCUAGUGUCAUAAGCUGACAUACACAUGUUUAAAUUGGGUACGCUUCCAAUUCUGAAAGUGGGGCUCGUUUCCUGUGUCUUUUGGCAAUAAACUGCUUUUGUGCUUGUACCUUCAAGUGUUUCUGAAGCACGUGGAUGUAAGCAGAAUUUGUGAUUAAAAAAUAUUAGAUGUGCAAGUAGAAAACUGGUAUUUCUGUUGUGAUGGGUUGUGGAGCUUGUUCAGUCAUAAGGGUAUAGGAAAAUGUAUUGAACAGUCUGUGAAGACUUUAAAGAGAUAUAGUAAUGUCAUUGGUUUUUUGAUUGUUAUUUUAAUGCACAUUCUAGUAUAUUUUUACUAAUAUGGGAAAAUAACCACUUUCUUUAGCAGAACUGUGCUAAUCCUUGAUUCUGACUUACUCCAUAUAUAGGCCUGAUUCUGCUGAAUGCUAUGAACUGAUACAAAUAAUGUCUUUUAUUCUUCAUUUACCCCCCUGCCCCCAUUUCUCUAUGUACUGUCCCCCUGGAAAAAGGAAAGGGCCCAAUUAUUGUAAUACUUCACUGAUUUUUUUAA